AUGCCUCAAGUUAUUAUUUAUGAUGUGUCAGAUUCGGAGGAUGAAACCGAACAAGCAAAGGGGAGCAAUGAAUCAACUGAAGUAGAACUUGAUCCUGAAUUGAUGUUAUACUUGGAUCAACUGCCAUCUAUUAAUGUUAAGCAGGAUGAAAUUCAGAGAAUAGUUAACCGUUAUGUUUGUGAUGACAGUAUCAAAAGUGAGGUUUCACAUGAUUUAUAUGCAGAUCCGAUUCCCAGCUGUUCUCAUCAAAAUGUAGAGACCCUGAAAGUGCCAGAUGAUCCUUCAAAUAAAGCUCCAAGUAUUUCGUAUCAAAAUAUUUGGACUGAAAAAAAAAAGAAACAUGAACCAGAUUUAGAUAUUGAAAUGUGUCCGUGCUCUAGCACCGUAUGUGAUACUGUUGGGGAACCAAACGGUUCUUUAAAUGAUGUGCAGGUUCCUGAGCCUGUUCAAAUUGAGAGUCUAGUAGAAGGAAACAAAAGUAAUGUUGAAACUCUAUCCAUUACAGAUACUUCAGAAAGUAUUUUACUCUCAAAUCAACCAGUAAUGCAAAGUAAUGAUAUUAACAGCUUGAAUGACAAUGUACUCGAAAGUGACAUGGAACCUUCUAUUUACAAAGAACCUCUUGAAUCUCUUUCUCUUCUUUUUCAUCAAAUAAAUGGCUUACAUAAAACUAGAAUUGGUUUGAAUCAAGAAGAUUACAUUGCUUUUUGUGCAAAGAUUGUAAAAUUGAAAUCAAAUCAUAGUUUGCUCAUUAGUGAAAUUGAAAAAGGCAAUUUAAUCAAAUUUGAACAAUUAGUGGUUUGGGGAAGAAAUUUAAAGAGGAAUGUAGAAGAUUUGAUUAUUGAGGCCAAGCCUAAUGGUUCUAGUUUUGAUGAAGCUAAAAAAUUUGUAUUUAAAAUGAUGCACACUGAAAUCAGAUAUCGGCAGCAUUUAGCUGAUAGCAAUGAAACGUAUAUUUUUGAUGACACUAAUCAUUAUAAAUUUCAUUGUAUGGCUUGUGAUAGAAGGGAUGAUAAUUUAACAUGGUUGGUAGCUCACCUUUGCAGAGAUACUGCAGAAAUGAUCUAUAUGUGUUGUUUUUGUGGAUUUCUAUUUUUUAACAAUAUAUGCUCACUAAUUUACCAUGUUAUUUUGGAUUUACUGGAAGAGCCAAAAAAAGAAUACUGUGUUGAAUGUCAAGGUUUCUUUCCAUCUGUGGCCAAUCAUUUGAUGGAUAUUGAAGGUUCAUGGAAAGUCAGUUGCAAUAGUUGUGAUUUUAUUUCUUUAUCCCAAUGCUCAUUAUCAAUUCAUCAAAGGUAUCAUAAAAUGGAAAAACACCAUGUUUGUCCAGAAUGCGGUGCUUAUUUUGUUUUUUUUGAGAUAUUAGAAAAUCACAUAAGAAAUUAUUGUUAUUUUUAUUCUAAGAAAAUUAGACACAUUUGUCCUAUAUGUGCCAUUAUAUUUAGGGACAAAGAAUCUUUAUCUCGACAUUUAUUCAGCAUUCAUCAUCAAAGAUGGAUAAAGUGUAUACAGUGCCAUAUGCUAUUAAUUAGUAGAAUUCAGUAUAUUUCACACCGUGCUCAAAAUCACCCUGAAUCACCUUGUACUUACCAAAUAUGUCAUACUUGUAUUUUAUGUCCAGGGCGUGAGUUUAAAAGCUCUGCUGCUCAAUUUCACAUGAAAAAUCAUGCAAAUGAUGUGAUAAAUGUGAUAAUUUUGUAUGUUUGUGAUUGUAAUUAUUAUACUAUCCAUAAAAAUAACUUUAUUGAGCAUAAAGCUCAAAAUUGUGAGGCUGCACCCUCCUUUGGAAAGUGGGAUAAUGAUCAUGAAAUGAAAAUAUGUGGUAUUUGUAAUGAUGUUAAGUUUGUCAAUCUGUCAAAACCAUUUAUUUGCGAAGACUGUGAAAUAUUAAAUAGUCCUCAAUCAGUAGUUAGUUCUCUAACUAAAACUUAUCAAUGUAAAGUUUGUAAAAUGUUUCUUAUUUAUAAAUGGGAAGCUGUUAUAGAACAUUUUUUUUGCUUCCACCCUAAUAUUUCUGUGCACAAAUUCCCUAACUGUGUAAAAAGUACUCAUAUUUCAGGAUUGAACAAUGACUGGAUUUCUAAAUCUUCCAAUCCAGCUAAUUCUCUUCAAACCUUUCCUAAUCCACAUACCAGAUUUUGUGAAAAUCCUCGAAAAAUGUUUUUAAAAAUGAGCAGAAACAAUAAUAUUUCUAGUAACAUAAUAAAUAGAAAUGUUGCAAAAGCUCAGCCUGUUGGGAAAAAACAAACUACUAAGAAGAAAUGUACAGCAAAUAAUGUUCCAUUUUAUAAUAGCCUUUCUCAUUUCAUGGCUUCAAAUUCAGCAGCAUCAAGUAACCAAGUAAAAAGAGAGUUCCAAAAAAAUAAUACUACAAAAAGAAUCAGUAACAUUUCAUUACUACCACAGAGCAAUGAUGAUGUAUCAAUAAGAAUGCCGGAACAGUCUGUUUCAGUUGAAUACAGUACUAUUCCCAGAGAAGGCAGUGAUAUUUUACUAGCUAAUAAUGUGUAUCUCAGACAGAAUAGUUUAGCUGUUGAUAUAAAACAGAAAGCUACAACAAUGCUAUGUGUUUCUUCAAAUGAAUCUAAAAAAAAUGAACCAAGCUCUUCAUCUGGUAACCUUUUAUGCGGUAAGAAUGGCAUUAUAGAAGCAGUAACUACACCAAAUCAAUCUGGUGUUAUAGUUCCUGAAAAUUCUGUUCAUGCUUUGAUCAAAACACCUGAAUCCUCUGAUAAAACUACUUCUAAGAGCAAUAUUAUUUAUGUUAAAAGGACAAUAGAUCCUAACCUUUCUGAUAAAAUAAAUAAUCACUCAAUAAAAACAAUAACCAAUAUCUCAUCUGAAGAUAUGAUUAAAACUGAUGCUGAAAUAAAUUUAAUACCAAAAAAAACUUCUCUGGAAUGUAAGAAGUGUCAAUACAAAUGUAAUGAAGCUGUAGAAUUAGUGAAACAUUUUGUUGAUGCUCAUUACAUACAAGGUACUUAUCAAUGUAUGGAAUGUGGAGAUUGUUUCGCUAAUUUGAAAAAUAAAAUAAACCAUUUAAGAUCAACUCAUAAAAUUGACACUAAAUGUUAUUUAGAGCCUGAUUUUAACAGGCUUGAUACUUGCAGGUCACAAUUUAAGUGCCCUGUUUGUUUGAGAGGCUUUUUAAGUGAACAGGACAAAAACCUUCAUAUGAGGUGCCAUGGUAUGGCAUAUCUCAAGUCAAUAAGAUCAACCUCCAAAGAAAUGUAA